CUCUCUUGAACUGAACGCUCAUCUGUCCUUCGUGGUCAUUCUCUCCCCUCUUUCCAAUCUCGUCUCAUCAACCCACUCUCGCACUCGCUCAUUCGUUACGUUCUAUAUCACUGCCCAUGAUGGAGUUCAGUUCCUUUCUGCCGUCUUUUCCUCCUUCGCGGUCCAAUUCAAGACGGGUAUCAGCCAUGAGUGUUUCCUCGCCCGUCACUAGUAGUCCAGUCCUCAGUCCCGAGCCCGCACCUGCUCCCAUGUCUCAUCUCAGCGCCAGUCGUGUUCUUUUCGAGGAGGGCCUAUACAGCGAUGUUACUGUAACACUACAGGUUCCUGGAUCGCUCAAAAAGACCUUACACCUUCAUUCCGGUAUCCUGGCCAAAGAGAGCGACUUCUUCGCAGCCCUCUUGGCGGGAAAGAAGAAUCAUGCUGAGCGGGCCAUCACAUUGCUGGAUGAAAAGGACAGCCAGGGCUCCCAGGUGAUCGAGAUUCAAUGCGUGGAUGCGUCAGAGCUCUAUGCGUUCGAGUCGUCCCUUCGAUUGCUCUAUACUGGCAGUUGGUGCUCUGACCGCGAUUUCCAAACCAGCUCACUGGAUUCCCGUAUUCGCCGCGGUAUGGAUGUCAUGAAACAGGCAGCUCGCCUUUCGCUCAAGGGAACGACAACGGCCUUGCUCCAGGACGAGAUCACACAGAUGUGCCAGACUCAACCAGAGCUGAUGGAAAAGUUGAGCAGAUCACUCAGACCUGAGGAUCGCGAGGAUGACCAAGCAAUCCUCAAGUUUGACAAGGAUGCGCUUCAGCAGAUGUGCAGGGUGGCAGUGGUCAAGACCGAGAUCAGGGAUCACUGUGAGCUGGUUAUUGCGCGCAACCUCUAUGGUCCCAAGAAGUUCCGCGACCUGCGCAUGGCAGAAGUUCAGCUGUCAGAGCUCAGACCUGGCUACAUCUUUCCCCCAGGAGGACAGGAAUCUAUCUAUCUGCUGAAAGGCGCCCCUUCUUUACCGCUUCAUCCCUGUAGAGCAUCAAACGUAGAGGCAUUGCGCCAAGUCGUUGACCACUACACCGCCUACAAUUCUCAGGUGCCGCUGCGAAGACGCGAAUACUAUGUUAUCCCAAGCGAGGAUGACGAUGCGACCACCGUCCCGAAAUCAGGUAUUCCUACCUUUUAUAGGGUCGCCUUCAGUACUGGAUAUCAGUGGCUCUUGGAUCAGGUGAUCAAGGUCAGGGCGCCCUUUGAGCUGGUUGUUCUCUUGCUCAAGGACGGUGUCGAUGAAAACGCUGAUUCGCGUAACAACGUCUACUUUGGCGAGUUUGCGACGAACUUGGAUGGCGAUGUCUACCUUCAGGGUGUCAAUUAUAUCGCAGACGGUCUCUUGCACGCUUUCCAGGACCCAACACUGGAAUCUUUCCGCAAUCCCGGAGCCUCUGGAUCACUGCUGAAUAUGAUUUCAUAUGGCGUCAACUCCUUGACAGACCUGCCUCCUCUCAGAAUCAAGCCAAUAGGCAAAUCAGGCGACACUGGAGCUGCUCAUCACCACCAAGAGUAUCCUGCUCUGUCUACACUAGUCAUGGAAUUCUUUUGGCAGGUUCUUCAGCUGGCGCUAAAGCGGCCACACCACCUAGAAUUUGUUCAGCUCUUACUGGAUUCUAUCACCAAAAUCGCACCUCUGACGCCUUUUGAAGUUAUCGAUCGCAUCGAGGAGCGUCUUGCAGAGUUGUUGGAGGAGACUCGAAAGAAGAUCAUGGAGCAGCGAGGAGAUGCACAGGACGAAGAAGCAGAGGGGGCGGAUGAGAACGAUUCGGAUAACAAGUCAGACGAGGACAAGGAUGACGAACCCGAAGUGCCUAUUCGGCCACGCACAAUCUCUGGAGCUGCUCGUAGCGAGAUCUCCAGCGGACGAGUUGAAGAUUUCGAUGACAGGACAUCCAUGGUCAGCAGUGUCCUGCUCGCAUCUGAAGUAUCGCACGUAACCAAGAGCAUCCCCAUCACCAACGCAAAAGAUGAUGACGCGUCCUCGCUGCUGCAGGACGAAGAGGAGGACGCUGAGCCAGAGACUGAGGCUGAAGUUGAGGUCGAAGCACCAUGGAUGAGGCCCGAGUACUUACAACCCCUCUGCUUGCAACUGCUGACAAAGUUCCCAAUGACCAUCCAAUCCUCCUUGCUCUGGGCGAUUCACGACUUGCAGCUAUUGCCAACAGGAAUUCGGAUUUUAUACUUUUAGUCGG